ACACCACGGCGUCAAUCAUGCAGGUAGCAUAUUGCAUCGGGUCGUUAAGCAGUCAGACGACCAGUAAAGAACAUAACUAGAUUCUGGAUUGUUGUUCAGCUGUUUGCGGUGCAGUAAUUCAUUAACUAUUUGACGGAGUUAUUUUCUUUAGCAAAUAAUUAAGUAAUUAUAAGAUGGUUUAUAUAAAACAAAUCAUAUUAUUUCUUUAUAAAUGAACAGGAAAAUACCAAAGCUGUGACUGCUCUGUCAUCGUCUAUUUGCUGUCAACAAAACAAAUUGUCUUGUCAUGUGAGGUUAAUUUAUAAAGAUGGCGUCAAAGCAAAGAAAAUCACUAAUGACUACGAUCCGCGAUGAUUUCCUCACGUGUAAAAUUUGUUUCAAUAUUUAUGAGCAGCCGAAAAUCCUGCCUUGUGUUCACACGUAUUGCACCCCUUGUUUAGAGAAACUCUUGAAGACAUCCGAUAAGCCUGGUUCAAUAUCGUGUCCAGAAUGUAGAGAACGCGUCAUUGUACCCCACGGAUCUGUGUCUGAUCUCAAAACGAACAUCGUAGUCACUGCUCUGACAGGAAUCUUGAAAGAAAACCCAAACACGCGUGCGAGGUGCACAGCUUGUAGUCUCAGAGGAAAUACUUCCCCUGCCAAUAGUCGCUGUCUGGAUUGUGGAGAUUACUUAUGUCCAGUUUGUUGUGAUGGGCACAAUGCCUCCUUCACGACUUGGAAACACAAGAAGGUUCCCCUGGAAGACAUGAAGGGAGAAUCAAAAGACCAAGAACAUUUGAACAAUCAUACGCCAACCUGUCCAAAACACAGCGACAAAGUUUUGGAGUAUUUCUGCGAAACGUGUGAUAAAACAGUAUGUGUGUCUUGCAUUUCGUCUAAACACCGCAGUCACGAGUGUCUGACUAUCACCGCGGCAGUUACCAUUCGGAAACGCUCACUUAUAAACGAAGCGGACAAAAUUAGAGAAAAAUUACGGAUAUUAAAAAAACGUGAAAAAAAUGUUUUAAAUAAACGCAAAAGCAUUCUGCAAACUAAGACUGAGAUAAAACGGGACAUAAACGAACGCAUAACAAGACAAAUAGCCAAACUGGAGCAGCAGAGAGAAAGUGUUAUGAAGGUUGUGGAUGACCGUGCUAUUAUAAGAGAGAGGCAAGUUGAUUCAGAACUCAAUAUAAUACAAAACAAAAUGUCCUUAACAGGCAACUGUCUGGAAUUUUUUGAAGCAUUGAUUGAACGGUGUGACGACGAGAAGAUCCUUCGACUGGACGAUUUAGUUGUAUCACAUCUUCUGCUUCUAGACGCAUUCUCAUCAGAUGGUAGUAAUCAUUACAGGACUGAUACCAAUAUUAAGCGAAAAUGUGCCGUGGGUCGUACAAAAAGGACAACCCCAGGUGUCAACAAUUCCAGUGAGAAAACCACAACUCAAAUAGAUGAAGAAAAAUCAAAGGUAUCUUUAGAACAUUUGCGAACACUAGGUACUCCAGAUGGUACAGACUGUCGCUAUUUUAUUGCCAAGUUCUAUGGAGAGUUUAAAGUAAAAAGAAUCGAAAUGCCUCAUCAUACAAUAGUUCUUACAAGUAAACCACAUGGCAGACUGAUUCAAAUUUCUGCUUCUGGGCAUGCUACUACAGACACUGCUAGCUGUUUCUUUCCUUUUCGUAUCUCAAGAUGUGGCAAUAUUGUUAAUAUUCUUGUCAACAAUUCACUGCGUGUGUUUAAGAACACACACGGUACACAUUUAUUGACAGAAGAGGAUUUACCGCAUGCGGUUUCCAGUUUCAAAAAUAGUGGUUAUGUUGUUGGUCAUCAACGGAGUAAUGAGCUCCAGGUGUAUGAUACGAAUGGACAACUUCAAGAAGCGUUUCCAGUAUCCCUGUCAUAUCCUCUUGCCAACAUCAGCGUGGAUACAUUUGGAAACAUAACCACCUGUGAAUGGGGAAAUAACUCAGUACGUGUGUUGUCGCUCCAAAAUGGCGCUGUUACUGUUUGUACAGAAAUAUCGUCUUUGAAAGCCAAUGCUGCCUGCGUGGACGAGAAUGGUCUGCUGUACACUGUGGAGAAGGCCGAGAACAGAGUGUCAGUGUUUGACAAGAGUGGAUCCUGUCUACUACAACACAACACAACACAGGACGGCCUGGACAGCCCACUCAGUCUGGCAUUGGAUGAUGAGGGUUUGCUGUAUGUGGUGAACGAAGACGACGUCAUUAAUAUCUACGGAGUUAACUGUGAAUAAAUUAAACCGAUAUGCGCUGGCUGUUUGUACUAACAUCCUGAACUCCGUAUUUAAAUGCUUAUAGAUAUUACAUUUUGAAUUGUGUAUAUAGUUGUUAAUAUAACUGCGAAAUAAAAGUGUCCAAGCAUGUCA